CCCCCCUCCCCCAUUCGCCCCCAGUCACCCUCCCUACUCCUCCCCAUACCAAACAUGUUGCCGUCAUCAAUCCUCGGCCGGAAGGCGCCCGCCCUGUUCCGCACGCUCGGCCAGCAGCCGAUUCGGGCUUUCUCCUGCGCGGCGGGCGACGCCUCGGCGUCAAACCGUCGACUGCUGAUCUUUGGCGCCCCGGGCUCCGGCAAGGGCACCCUGGCCGGCUGGCUGGGGCGCGACUUGAAUGCACCCACCCAGGCCGAUGUCGAGCCUUGCACGGCUUCGGCGCCCGGGCUGACGGCCCUGUCAUCGGGGGAUCUGUUGCGCGCGGAGAUGCGCGCCGGCACGCCCCUCGGCCAGAGUGUCGAGGCGCUGAUCAACUCCGGCGGCCUGGUUCCUGAUGACGACAUGGUCAAGCUGAUUGCGGGACAGCUCGCUGCCAUGGAUGGCUCGAACUGGCUCCUUGAUGGCUUCCCCCGAACCCUCGGGCAGGCGAUGGCCCUGGACGAGGUCCUGACGUCGUUGACCCCGAGCCGCCAGGCCCCCAUCGAUUAUGUUAUUCACAUCGACGUGCCGUCCGAGGUCAUCGUCGAGCGCAUUGCCGGGCGCCUCAUCCACCCCGGCAGUGGGCGGAUUUACAACCGGACCUUCAGCCCGCCCAAGGUCCCCGGGGUGGACGAUCUAACCGGCGAGCCGCUUGUCUCGCGCGUGGACGAUGAUCCCGAGUCUGUCCGUCGCCGGCUGGAGCUCUACGCCCAAACCAGCCAGCCCAUCCUGGAUUACUACAUGGAUCGCGGGAUUGUCGGGCGCUUCACCGGCCCCACCUCGGAUGCCAUCUACACCACCCUGCUGCCCCAGAUCCAGGAGAUCCUGGCCCCGACGGUGGUCCUCCCGUCGGCCGAGGACCUGACCUGCGCGGCCACGGCGCAUCAGGUGUCCGCCUAGGCGCGCACAUGCGCACGCGGCUCCCUCCCUCCCCCCCUUCUUCUUUCACAUUGCAUUCUUUGUCCUCCCCCCCCCCCCGCCCCUCC